UGGUAGCCAGCAGAGGCAGACAUUCAAAAAACAAUGCUGAUGUUUUACUGAGUGAAUGAUGUUCAUUUAUGUCACACAGUAAAUUUCUUUCCCAUAGACACACCUCAUGAUGAACCAAGAAAAGGGAAAUCAAACGUCCAUCACAGAAUUCAUCCUCCUGGGAUUUGGGACUCUCCCUGAACUGCAAAUCCUUCUUUUCCUGCUGUUUCUCGUGAUCUACAUUGCAACCAUGGCUGGGAACAUCUUCAUCGUGGCAUUAGUUGUGACUGAUCAACACCUUCAUACCCCCAUGUACUUCUUCCUGGGGAACUUGUCCUGCUUGGAGACUUGCUACACCUCGACCAUCCUGCCCAGCUUGCUAGCCAGUCUCCUGACUGAGGGCAGGACUAUUUCAUUUAGUGGGUGUAUCACACAAUAUUAUUUCUUUGUUUCUAUGGUUGCAACAGAAUGCUUUCUCUUAUUGGUGAUGUCGUAUGAUCGGUGUUUAGCCAUAGGCAAUCCACUUCACUAUGCAGCCCAUAUGAGUGUCAGGUCUUGCCUCCAGCUUGCAGGUGGCUCUCGGACAGGUGGCUUCCUACUUAGUAGCUUAACAACAUUGUUGAUAUCCCAGUUGACUUUCUGUGGACCCAAUGAUAUUGACCAUUUCUUUUGUGAUUUUAUCCGCCUGGUAAAAAUCUCCUGCAAUGAUCCUCAGAUGAUGGAAAUGUUGGCUUUAACACUCAGCUUGAUUUUCUUACUGGUCCCAUUCCUACUUACUUCGAUGUCCUACAUCUACAUCAUUGCAAUCAUCCUAAAAAUCCCUUCCAGCACCGGGAGGCAAAAGGCCUUUUCCACCUGCUCCUUCCACCUCAUUGUGGUGACCAUGUAUUAUGGAACUCUACUGAUUGCCUAUAUGUUCCCCACAACCAACAGACUGAGAGACUUCAAGAAAGUUCUCUCUGUCUUCUACACUGUCCUGACUCCCCUGGGGAAUCCCCUCAUCUACAGCCUGAGAAACAAAGAGGUUAAGGAGGCCCUGAGAAAAGCUAGCAGGAAAUCCAUGUUUGGACAAUGCUAACCAAUCAGUUUCCUUAGGUUAAAAUAAAAUAAACAUACCAUAGGCUGGUUUAGGGCCUGAACCAAAGCCUGCUGUAAUCUAAUGUCAUGUUUCCAUUAGUUUCCUUGGGCUUCUUGCCAUGCUCUUAGAGAAUCACAGUAA